AUGGGGUAUGGUUGUGAUUAGGAUGCUGGUAUGGGGUAUGGCUGUGAUCAGGAUGCUGGUAUAGGGUAUGGCGGUGAUCAAAACGCUGGUAUGGGGUAUGGUGUGGUGAUCAGGAUGCUGGUACGGGGUAUGGCGGUGAUCAGGAUGCUGGUAUGGGGUAUGGCGGUGAUCAGGAUGCUGGUAUGGGGUAUGGUGGUGAUCAGGAUGCUGGUAUGGGGUAUGGCUGUGAUCAAGGCACUAGUAUGGUGUAUGGCGGUGAUCAGGGCACUGGUAUGGUUUAUGGCGGUGAUCAGGGCUCUGGUAUGG